CGCCAUACGCCUUCCACACAUCCAUUGUCUAUUCAUGUCUGGGUCAGACGAAGAAAUAUAUGCAGUAGCGGACUUCUGUCUGAUCCCUAUGGGAACGGGCGAACCGUCGGUCGGACCGUAUAUCGCAGAGUGCCACCGGGUGCUGGAGAAGUCUGGAUUGACGUUCAAAGUGCGCGGUUACGGCACCAACCUCGAAGGACCGUGGGACGCUGUAUGCGCUGCGAUUGGUGACUGCCAUCUCGCCGUGCACAAGCAGGGCGCACCCCGUAUUGCCACUGACAUACGCAUCGGAACGAGGACGGAUAAGGUGCUGGCUCCUGGGACUGGGAAUGAGUCGAAGCUAAGGAGGGUCCAGGAGAUCUUGGCUGCGGAUAAGAAGGAAUAAGGAGAUGCAUCGCACAUGGAGAGAUGACUCGGUUUUCCAGAGCUGAUCUGAGAUGAGUUGUUCGAGCAUAUUGAUAUUAUAAGAAGGAACAAAUAGA